UUCACGUCGCCGAGCCCCUGCCAUUACCCGGCCGGCUCCCCUCCAAAAACCGGGCAGGUUUGAAGAAAAAACAGCAAGUUUCUGGAAAAGCCGGUUUUCAGAAAAACAGCGAGUUUCUAAAAAAGCAGCAGGUUUGCAAAAAAAACCCGGCAUUUCCCCCCAAAGCAGCAGAUUUGCAAAAAAUCCCAGCGACUUCCCGAAAAAGCGGCUGAUUUGGAAGAAAAGCAGCAAGUUUCUGAAAAAGCAGCAGGUUUGCAAAGGAAACCCAGCAAGUUUAUGAAGAAGCAGUGGAGUCGCCAAAAAAAAAAACAAACCCCAACAACCAAAAAAACCCCCAAGUUUCUGAAAAAGCAGCGAGUUUCUAAAGAAAAAUAAAGCCAAUUUCCAAUCUGCUGUGGGCGAGCGAGCAUUAUCCGAAGAGUUUCGCUGCCGGGCGCUGAUAAACAUCCCUCAGCUGAGCUGAGCACCAGCCACCAUGGAUGCACGGCGCUGGAGGGGUCUCCCGCCCGGGAAUCUUUCCGACUGUCCCAACGGCUCCCGCUGGGUGAUGGACGUGUUCAACGAAUGCGCCCAGGAUGGCCAGGACAUCGCCAGCGUCGUCCUGGGUCUGGUUUCCAUCUUCUGCUUCGCAGCCGCCUCUUUUCCGCAGUUUUACCAAGCCUGCAAAACAGGCAUCAUGGACCGGGCUCUAUCCAUAUAUUUCCUGCUGGGAUGGCUGGGCGGAGACCUCCUAAACCUCAUCGGUUCCUUCCUGGCCGAUCAGUUGCCCCUGCAGGUUUACACAGCUGUUUACUACGUGCUUGCAGACCUGGUGAUGCUGUCUCUCUACUGCUACUACAAAGUGAAGAACCAGGGCGGAGGAUUCGCUGCCCCAGUCAACGCAGCCUUUGUCUUCCUUUCCCUGGGGACGGUGUCGACCGUCUCCUUCCUGGGCAGAGGUGCUGCUGUGGCGCAGGACCCGGCGACAUUUAAAGGGAGGUCUCUGCUGUCCGCUCACGUGGAUGAGCUUGGGUCAAAGCCUUUCACCAGGAGCGAGAUCAUUGGCUUCAUCAUUGGUUCCAUCUCCUCCGUGCUGUACCUGUGCUCCCGAGUCCCCCAGAUCUACACUAACUACAAGAGGAAAUCCACCACUGGUGUCUCCUACUCCCUCUUUGCCCUGGUGAUGCUGGGGAACUUGCUCUACGGCCUCAGCGUCCUCCUGAAGAACCCCGAGCCGGGGCAAGGCAAGGGCGACUACGUCCUGCGCCACCUCCCCUGGCUGGUGGGCAGCCUGGGCGUCCUUUCCCUCGACGUGGUCAUCUCCUUCCAGUUCCUUGCUUAUUGGAGAGGAACACCCGCUGCCUGUGGAGAGAGGGAUGCUCUUCUCAGCGAGCGGGGUGACAGCCUGGAGAGCUGACAAAGGGACUGGCCCCGGAGUGAGAAUAGGAUGAUGCAGACGAGAAAGCUGGCCUUAAGGCCGGGCGAACCGGCCCCUCCAUCCUGGUGGCUCUUGGGAGAAGAGGACCUGAGCCAGUGGGUGACAUGUUGUGCUGCUAAGACGCUAAGCCCAGCCAGGUGGCAGAGGGUGCUGCUGAGAGACCUUGUGGCCCUUUGAUACCAAUGAUGCUAUCGGGAUAAACAGGGAGUUAUUUGAUACCUCAAAAGGUCGCUCUUCGCUGCUUUCACACCCGACCGCUGAGCUCGGUCACUUGUGCUUUACCUGCUGUCUCUCCAGGGUGAUCUGGAGCUUCCCCAGUAUUGGCAAACGUUAGAAGAGCCUAAGGGUUUGCGGGGAGGGGACAGAGAUGACCGACCUGCCAUGAACACAAGCACCCCUUAUCUCUGUGGGCCUCAUGUCUCCACCAGUGAGCUCUUUCUGGAAGAUACAGCAGUGACUGGAACCAGCUCAGAAGGAAGGAGCAGCAUAACCAAAGUGUUUCAGUCCACACAUACCUAUUUUAAUUAGCAUGGCUCACACGUCUAUAAAAAAAGUCCCUGCCCCACGUACCUCCUUUGGUUUUAUUUUGCCGGUUCAUCUGGCAGCUCCUGCCUCUUUCUUAAUGCAUGUCAUAGUCCCCAUUUCUCUGACUUGUCACUUCUUGCCUCACCCACGUUUAAAUCGCAAGGAUUUCUUGGGGAAGUUGCUUCAUCACUUUCUGGUCAGCUGCGGAGGCAGUUACCUGGGCAGAAGAUGCUGCCUCCCUGCUCAGUCUGGUUUUUGGUCCUGCCCUCUCCCAUUGAUGAAUUUAUGCCCAACACUGAUGAAUUUAUCCCCCUCCCGAGGCCCUGCACACCAGCACGGUGGCUCCUUGACCGCAGCAGGACUGGAAGCCGCGGCGGUUUGGUAAAAGCCACGUCCCCAGCAGGAGAGAUGCUUUCGGGCGGGCAGGGGAGAGCGGUGGCACAGCCAGGAGAUGGCUGCUUCAGCCCGGCACUGCGGGCUCCCUCCUGUGUGCCGAGCUAUUUCUGCUGGGGAGGAGCAGCUCGAUCUCACUGGGCAAGCAAGAAGAUUAUCAACCAAAGCUUUGCAGGCCCUUCAAGAAAAGUUAGCACAACUUGUCCUUUUAAAAACGAGAACUUUCCUUUUCCUGCAGUCACUCUUAGCUUUUCUUUUUGCUCCCCUUUUCUCCUUCUCCAGCUGCUUUCCCGAUACCCAACGCUUCCCCGCUGCCCACCCAUGCAGCUCCCCGCUCUGUGCCCCUUUUGGGUUUAGCUGUAUUAUCACUAAUUUACAAUUAGUCAGUCCCAUGACAUUUGUCCUUGCCAGUAUUUGGAGCUGAGUCAUGUUUUCACAAAGGAAAAUUAUUUUUUCAGGCUCUUUGACCCUCCCCUCAACUAAGCUGGUGGCUUUUUCACUCCAUUAAUUCACAAUUCUCGUGGUUGAUGGGGCUGCUCACCUCUUCCCUGGCCUCGAGCCAGCAGCAUUUCCUCUGCUUUUUCCCUAGGAGUUGCAGAAAAACAUUUCAUAUCCAGUACUAAUACAAACUACAAGCAGAGUCCUAGCAAGGUAGAAAGCACAGCUUCGUUAGACCUCAAUACCUAUUUAUUACAGAUAAAGACCCUGGGGCUUGGUUUUAUUGAAGAGGUGUUUUUUGACAUUUGCUAGCUCAGCCCUGAAGUGCUGGGGAAGGCACGGUUGGUUUACCGAGAGCGGGAUUUACUAAGCUGACCUACGGCAGGGGGGUAGGAUGGAAUUUGGCACACCUACCUUAUGGAAACGAAGCUUCAUGACACUAGAUAAUUGCCAUGUACCAGCUAACCAAGAGCUUUUCUUAAAACCAAAAAACCCCACCUCUAAUAUAAGGAGGUAAAAAAACCCAACCAACUAUGUGCCAGCAGCCAUCUAGGUGGUGGUGGAUGGAAAUUCAUGUCGCAAAAAGGCUCUCGCUGAGGUUAUCAUCCCUCCGAGACUGUAAUGCAGCCCUGUCCCCCAAAGAACCUGCAAUUUAAGAUUUUGCAGGGGCAAGUGUUAAACCAGAAAAGGCACAGACCAGAAACAACUUGUCCUGGAGUGAGAACGUAACCCGGUGGUAGGCUGGGGGCUGUAGCAGCCCAGCCAUAGCUGGAAGUUAGUAGGCAAACCAUCAGGUUCCACCGCUUUGAGAAGAGAAAGAGGAAUAAACUGCUGCUGCAGCUGCAUCAAUCCUGCAGCUCGUACCUGUACGACUGCUCUGCAGAAAGGGUAUCUCCCUGCACACAAGCAGUUAGGGUGUCUCUGUAUACCCCAAGCCUGUACAUUAAAUUUAUCUGAGAUGAGAUGUGGCUUUGGAGAAGGAAAACAAACCCCCUGAAAGCUUUAGCACACAACAACUGGAAACAGGCAAGAGGAACAGCGAGUCUCCCCCCUCCUGGGCUAACACACUCCUUUCUGAGCUUCAAGAGUUCACGCAAACUUAUCUCCAACUUCAAAAAAGGUUCUGCCUCGGACAGAACCAAGAGAUGACAACAACAGAAUCUCAACAUGUUCCCCUUGGGGAUCCCAGCUUCGAGGCAAGCACGUGUGCACCUUUCCCCAGCCUGCGUCCCAUAUGAGCUGCAUUAUAGAGACCAGAGGCCCCCGGGUAAAUACUACGGCACGGGACCGUAAUCACCUGCAGAUGUCUGGAUGUGAAAUAGGUCACAUUAGAAAAGCAAAAUUAAGAGCACGUUAAUCAAUAUUAAUGCCAACAGUCUCAGUUUACAUAAGUUCACCCAAAGGCUGAUUCCAAUGGCCACGUGCAGGAAGAGCCCAGCAGGUAUUUGCUUUCUCAAUUUUGCCAGGAUUAAGAGUUUGUUCUAACCAAAGCACAUUGAAGUAGGCAGUGGACCUGAAGCUGAGCAAGGUCCCUCUGACCACCACACGUUUAAAGAGGGGGAAAAAGUCUGGAUGAGGUUCACAAAUCACAUGGGGACCAAGCAGAGAAGGAGCUUUUGGGUGAGCACCAAUGCCUGGAACCAUCCACCUCAAACUGCCAAGUGAACCAAAACGCCUCUCCUGUGCCCACCUGAGGGUUUCAACCCACAGGUUCCUCCCCCCACUAUUUUUAACACACCCAGUAAAGCUGGACUAAUCCUUCUUCUCUCAAUACGUCUGUUCCAUGUUUGCUGGAUGCCUGAAGCAUCAAUCCCAGCAGCGGGAUGCCAGCAUCCCAGUGCCAGCAUCUUGGAAGUACAACAGGCUGACGAGUAAGCAGCUACAUAACGCUCCAUGUGUGAAGAGCAGCCGUACAUCGCACCCUCUUCAAAACAAACAAGUUUCAUCUAAUCUAGUUGUGAGGGGAAAAAAAAAAAAAAAGCUUUCUUGCUUUCCAUGGCCAUAUAAUCCAGCAGCUGGUUGGAUUACAGAUAUGCUUGGUGUUUGCCUUUUUCAGGCACAUCUAUCUACCAACAGCCAGAGCAACUGCUUCCAGUUGCUACAAAGGAAAACGUUUACAGCACGAACCCCAAGUAACACUGCAAGGAAGGAAAGAGAAAUAAGGAGGACACCAACUGCACACACUGCUUCCUGGGAUUUUUUUUUUAUUUUAUUUUUUUGUUUUAGUCUUUUUUUUUCUUUUUUUUUUCUUUUUUUUUUUUAGUAUGGAGGCUCAAGUAUCAGAUGUAGAUUCAAUUUAAGCUUUACAAAAAACAAAAUCAAAACAAAAACCCCUUUUGCAUUCCAUAAAAAUUGACAGAAAAGCGCCUUGGAACCAGGCUAUAGAAGAGCAGAACUUUCAGCAGGUCUCCUAAUCAACGUCUCCUUGCAAAUCUGGUUUAGUCAGUAUAGUACAACACCAAGGAACACCCUCUCUUCCCUCCCACCCACCAGCCAUCCCCUGUGCCCAGCCCCCAAACAUACGUGGAAUAGAUUAUUUUUUUUUUUCCAGUUCUUCCUCUUUCACACACCACAGUAUUUAAUAAAUUUUUGUUUUACAUUUUUUACACCAAUGUAACAAAAGGCAGGAGGGGGUGGGAAGGAAAAGACAAACAAUGAUCCGUGUUUAUGCAUAUAAAUGGGGAAGGGUGGAAGGGGGGGGGAAA